AUGGCACAAUUGAAGAAUUGCAGCAAUGAACCAUCUACACGAUUUUAUUUACAACAGAAUAAUGCAGUAGAUGCAAUUAAUAAUUAUAUGCAUGCUGAUUAUGAUCGACUUCGUUUACAAGCAUGUAUGUUGCUUGGAGUAUUACUUGAUGAUGGAACAAUGCGACAAUUAAAGAUUCCAGGUGAUGAAUUAACCGACUUAUAUUUUGAUGCCAUUCGACAGGCACAUCAAUCAUCGAACAAAUGCUACAAACGAGUGCCGAUACACUUACUUUUUCGAGCAUUAUCAUCGUUAGUUCAUAAUGAGAUAAUUCAAGCAAGUGUAGCAACAUCAACCAAUUAUUUUGAUUAUCUUAUUUCAAUUAGUGCUGAUUAUAAUCUGGUUUAUGACAUCUUUUGGACACUAUCAUUUAAUACAAGCUUACACGAAAAAUUUCAUUCUCAUAAAACUUUUUUGCAGCGACUUCAAAAAUUUAUCGAUGAUCCAAAAUCGGUUUUGGAUGAAGAUAUAGUACGAUCAGCAGAAGGCAUUUUAUGGAAUUUGAAUCACAGAAAUCAACAGAACGCAUCACCUGAACAAUCGACAAAUGCUGAGAAUGAAAACACUCAAUUAGACAAGUAUUAA